CGGCUGUGUAGGUCAGUUUUGGGGCUAACCUUACACUGAACAGUUCAGUAAAAUUGAAAAAUUCCAAAUUUUGUGUGCGGCUUUUUUGUUGUUUUUUUUUUGGUUUCGUUCGUACAAAAUUUGUUGCGUGUCAACUGUGGACUACACUCGCCACACCAUGGAGGACAAGCCCUUCAAUCCGUUCUACAUUGGACCGCACCCGAGCAAGGCUUGCGCCAUACCCGAAGUGCCCGGGCAACAGUGCAACCCCGCCUGCGUUGAGAAGUCGCAAGCAUCGGGACAGCAGCCGCCACAGUCUGGCCCCGGCGGCGGCAUCCUCAUCGUGGGCAUAAGCGGACCCUCGGGCGGAGUGGCCAACGUCUACAGCACCGGCCAGAUGUCCAACCAAUCAAAGGCAGCAGCUCCAGUCACGACCGGUACAGCCGCACCUGGGCGAUCGCUUGCCGCCACUGCCUCAGCGCCAGUCUCGGUCGGCAUCGGUACAUCCAAGCCGGGCCCAUCGCUUGUUGGCAAUGCCGCGCCAGCAUCAACCAACAGAGUCUGCAGGCCAUAUCCCUGCAUGGAGAACAAAAAUAGCAAUGGUCCCGGCUGUUAACAGAAGGAUGUUUCCGACCCCAACUCAAAAUGAACAGAAGCCACACAUUUUUGCAUUAAUUCCACCAAAGUUAGCCCCGAAACAAAGACAAUAAAACGGCAAAUAGAACCCCAAAA